AUCGUUGUCGCUGGAGAGAUUUUCCCCUGGUCUUACAUAUAGUAUUCUAUCUAUCAGUUCGAUUAACAACUCCCCUUCGACCAGACCCUCGCCUCUUCUGCGAGCUCAUCGUCUUUUGCUCUCUGCCCCACCCCCACUUGCGUCACCAAACCCUGUACGCACUGCUUAGUGUCGGCUUUCUCCCUCCACAAUGGUUCUCGAUUACAGCAAGUGGGAUGCCUUGGAAUUGUCCGAUGAUUCGGACAUCGAGGUUCAUCCCAACGUCGACAAACGGUCCUUCAUCCGUGCCAAACAGUCCCAAAUCCACCAGCAGCGGGAGCAGCGUCGCCAUGAGAUCGAGACUCUCAAAUACGAGCGCAUCGUGAAUGACGGGCUUCUCACGCGCAUCGACAAGUUACUCUCCUCGCUUCGGCAGCAUGAGGGGUCAUCAGGUAACCCGGAGGAGCUAGUCUUCCAGGCUUUGAUGGAGUCUGCGGGCAACCCCUCGGAGGACCAAGCCCCACCGCCCCCGGAAGGCGUGUAUACCCACGAGAAGGAACAGCCGAAAUACUCGCAGAUGAUGGGUGCGCUGGUGGACCAGGUUAAGAAGGAGAUGAAGGACCCGAGUAGUGAUAAGCUUUUCCAGGAGUAUAUCACGGGUGUCCAGGGCCACAAGGAUAAGGUGCAGGGGCUACAGAAGCAGCUGCACGAGAGACUCGCAGAGCUGGAAAAGGAGGAGUCGAGCAAGAUCACGAGUGACGGACUCCACAUGGGAUUCGAUACUUCGCACGUUGCUAAGGCCCAAGAAGAGAAAGGCAAGGCCUCGGAGGCUAAGGGGACGGAGUCUGUCGAGCUCCUGAACCCGAACGCGCCCCCACAGGAAGUGUCGCAAAAGCCAGGUGCCGACGAUGACGACGCGGAAGAUAUGGAGAGUGUACGGGCCAGCGAACUAGGCAGGCGAUUUGCGAAAAUCCCCCGCGACGACUACCGCGCCCUGCUCCAGUUCAUCUCGGAGAACCCGACGAUCGUGGCGGAAAAGGAAACCGACGGUCUCCUGGUAGAGGGCUUCAACGCUCAGAUGGAAGGGAAGGAGGACUUUGCGCGUCAAUGUGUCCACCAAGGGCUGUUGCUGCAAUACUGCCGUUCCCUGGGCCGUGACGGUAUCGGUCUGUUCUUCAAGCGCAUCACCACCAAGGACCACCAAGCCGGAACGCUAUUCCGCAACGACGUCAACGAAACCUACAACAAGAUCAAGACCCGCGCCGCCGAGCUUGCAAAGGGCGGCAACGAUCCCGCCGGAGUCGAGCAGAUCCAGCUGCACGCCGUCGACCCGAACACCAAGAUCACCAUCAACAUCCCGGCAGAGCAAAGCAAUGAACCAGUCGAGAUUGAAGCUCGCAAGAUCUACGAGUCCUUCCCCGCGGACCUGCAAACAGCCCUGGCCUCGGAGUCUUUGGACGAAGUCAACAAGGUCCUGGGCAAGAUGCGCGUGGAGGAGGCCGAGGACGUGGUGGAGAAGCUGGGGAACAGUGGCAUGCUUAGUCUGGAGGAGGGCGUUAUUGACGCGACUACUGAAGAGGGCCGGAAGAAGCUUGAGGAGAUUGAGGCUGAAAACAAGGAGUCCCGGAUUGAGGAGGUAGGGGAGCCGGGUGGGGAUGUUGCCGAACUUGAUUGAAUAGGAGGAUGAUUGUAAAUGUGGGAGACCGGAGUUGGUAAUAUGUUAAUCUCAGAGAAUCAUGAGACCUUGUCCAUAUUUCUGACCAAAUUAUAUGACAAUAUGAAGCAUGUAUUGAUU